AUGCAACGGUGGUCGGGCGUUCUUCUCAUUACGCUAUGUUGUCUGCUUCGUGGAGCGCUCGCAUAUACCGAACCAAUUUAUGAGAUCGUCGAGGACGACAUACCAACAGAGGACAUGGAGAUAUCUCGGAGCAAUGAGAAACAAGAUGGUCGGGUGUUCUCUAAACGAGACUUUGAUGGGGCGAUGCCAGGUGUGUUGCGUUUUGGAAAACGCGGAGGAGCAUGGGAGAAACGGGAGAGCAGUGUUCAGAAAAAGGAGAUGCCGGGAGUUCUCCGUUUCGGAAAACGUGCUUACUUCGAUGAAAAGAAGAGUGUUCCAGGAGUUCUCCGUUUCGGAAAGCGCUCUUAUUUCGAUGAGAAGAAAAGUGUUCCAGGCGUUCUUCGCUUCGGAAAACGUGACGUGCCGAUGGACAAACGGGAGAUCCCAGGAGUGUUGAGAUUCGGAAAGAGAGAUUACAUGAACGAGUUGUUCGACAAACGCAGCGAAGUUCCCGGAGUUCUUCGAUUUGGAAAACGCGAUGUUCCCGGAGUUUUGAGAUUCGGGAAAAGAUCUAUCGAAGAGCAUUACGCAGGGGUCUUGCUCAAGAAAAGUGUGCCAGGUGUUCUCCGCUUCGGUCGCAAGUAA